AUGACUUCUCCAAUGGAUAUCACAGAAUCCAAUAACGUGGAUUCAAAAGCUGGUGCGCCUAAACCGAUCAUUACUUCUACUACAAACAGUAAAAACUCUCAUGAUUCAGAGACAGAAGAAGGCACAAAUACAACGAUUGCAACGGUGACUUCUCCAAAAGACAACAGAAAAACUACCAAUAUGGAAAUUUCGACAAUCACCGCAUCACCCACCGCAUCACCAAUAGAUACACCAUUCGUCCCUCCCAAAGGUCCAUGUGAUGUUGGAGAUAUAGUUUCCUACAACAAGAAGUGGAUGACUCUAAAAAGUGAUGGACAAUGGCAUGAAACUGAGGGACCGGAUGAUUUUGAAAUAAACUUUUGCGGAUUUAAGGAUGCGGAUUUCUUUAGAUAUGAAGAUCAUUGCCAUGGAUACAGAAAACAACUCGAAGUUUUUAAAUCCUACACCGGUUAUCACCGACUAGAGGAAAAUUUAGAUAUUGAGUUUGAGAAAUACAAAAUCCAGCAUGGAAAUGAAAAAAUACUCAGAAAACUUCAGAGACGAUGA